GUUCUGAGAUGCCGUGCCGGUAUAUUCUGAGAGAUUGUUCUGUCGAGAGUUGCUUCUAACCGUGUGGAAGGCAGUGUCUAGCUAGCUACUAGUAGAGGACUUGCUUCCUGUCACUCUGGAUAGUAUUUGGCAGCAGAGUCACUAGCUAUGAAUGAACCUUCCAGUUGCUCGGAGUCCAGCGACGACGAGACAACUAAUGAAGGCCCUGUUUCUGCUUCGUUGCUGUUGUGGGAGGCUUACCGUUCCUUUGUGCAUCGCCAUCGAGUCUCAUUGGAGCUGUUGGAUGCUGGAAUUUCUCGAAUUUUGUUUUGGAGUCCAACAAGUGGCGAACAACAGAAGCGACGGGAAGUAUUUUAUGGCAUUCUGUCCCUGCAUCGACUGGCAAUGGACACGGCGUUGCAACAACAGCAGGACGACGCACAGCAAGAAGAUUUUGGAACGACAGUGAAACCAAAUCAAACUACUACCCGACAAGAGGAUUCCGUGCUGCCGUCUCCCACGGCCAUUCGAGUCUCGUUGACCAUCAUUCAGUGUCUUUUGCCGUCCAUUUUGGAACUGGCCUCUUCGGAUGAUGAGACCACCAAAAGCAACCGACAAGCACGAGUACGGCUCCAAAUAGAACGCGUCAAAUUUGCGCUUCGAUUGACGCUGUUGGGAUCCUAUUGGAAACAAUUGUUGCCAGAUCAAACGCAAGAAAGAGAUAUGCAAGCAUCCUCUUGGAAUACGAAACCCAUGUCCAUUGGCAUCUUGACCGAUGGCGGCCUGUUUCAUGGAGCAAUCACCAGUACAGCAGCCGAAAAUAUCCCUACGGUCCAGCAAGAAGAUAUGGAAUGGGAAAAACUUCACUAUGUUGGAAAACGAACGGGGCGCAAAGUCACUAGAAGAACCAUGCAAGGGGGGGAUAGCCUGUACACAUCAUCAUCAUUAUCAUCACAAAGCCUCUCCUUGGCUCUCUUGUCGCCACAAAUUCACAACAAUCUACGUCUCGUUUCCGUCAUUCUCGGAGAACUCCUCUACGCCUAUCGACCAUUGUUUUGGGCAUCCGCCGAAACUGUCUCCGACCCAGCUUCGUAUCGGAGUUGGUUGCUGUCCAUGGUCAUGGAUGUCGUGUCGUUGCGAAUGGCUGCCAGCCAAUCGAGUGUCGCCAACCAAGCCACGCAACAAGAAUUGCGACGGCGCAAAAUGAGACUCUUGCUCUAUUUGCUGCGGGGGCCAUUCUGGAAUGAUGCCACUGGACCUGCCACGGACCGAGUGGAAGCUGUGUUGGACAAGGUGCCACUAUUGGGGAGACUGGUGUCCACCUAUUUGAGAGAUUGGCUGUGGUACAUGAAACAUCCAUACGUGUCGGAGGAAGGAUAGUAGCUUGGUGAAGAGAUGCAGUUGCUAGCUAGCGUUUUUGAUGGCUAGAAAACACAAUUUUGAAACAACACAACUGCUCUCUGAAGUAGGGCUUAUUUAUGUAUCAUGA